CCAACCUCGGUCAUAGCGUCCCGUUCACCGACAUAGAAGGACGCGAGCGGAACCUCUUCCGCUAGAGCCACAAAGGACUCAACAGUGAAAGUCAAAGAUACGAGAUGAGGUCGUUGUUGUUAUUGGCGGCGUUGUGCUGCUUAGUGUUGUCAACUUAUGGAAGUCCCAUUUCACGGCCUGAUGAUGUACAGGAGAAAGAAGUAGGUAGGCAGUCUGCAGGUGCAGCUGCGCCUGCUCAAGCGGCUUCCUCUGACGACGAUGAUGAUGACGAUGAUGACGACGAUGAUGAUGAUGACGUUGGCCUCGAUGCCUUAUCAGAUGACGACGAUGAUGACGACGACGAUGACGAUGAUGAUGAUGAAGAAGAGGAUGAAGCUGAUGAUGAUGAAGAUGACGAUUAUUUAGAAAGAUUUUUCGAUGAUAUCUUAGGAGGCGGAGACGACGAUGACGACGAUGACGAAUCUACUGGAGUACAACCUGUAGUAGCAUCAGCUGACACUGUUGCUGCUGCACCAGCGCCUGCAGCCCCAGUUGAGGAAGUUGCUGCAGCUUCUGAGGAAGUAGAAGCUUCCGAAGCCGCUGAAGGUGUCGUUGAUGGCGAUGAACCUGAAGCCGGACAAAAAGAGCCAGCUAGCGCUGAAGUAGAGUCUCCUGUUGCUGCAAGUUCUGAAGUUGCUGCCGCUGCUGAUGAUGAUGACGACGAAGAAGAUGAUGACAUAACUGACGCACUUGACCCUGAAGAUGAUGAUGAUGAUGAAGACGAAGAGGAGGACGAUGAUGAUGACGAUGACGAUGACAUUUCUGAUGCUCUUGGAAGGAAAAAGCAAGCACGUGCGUUAAACGAGGAGCCAGCAAAGAAGCAAGCGACUGUUCCUGCAAUUUACAUAGUUAAAUAUAAUAAAUUUGUGGACAAUAUUCUCGAAAAAAUGAACGAAAUAUUGCGACGCUCAUAUGAUCCUGUCAACGUCAAACUGCAACCGAUUGAUGCGAACAAGAAGACCUCCAAGCCGCAAAAAAAUAAGCCCAAGACUAAUAAAAGAAAAACAUCUAAUAAAAAGAAAACUUCCGCACGUAGAGGAAUGACUAAUACGAAAAGCGAAAUCAAUAACUUAAAAGUUUCUAUAACUGAUAAAUUGGAAGAAAAUAAUAAAAUCGAACAAAACAUUGUCGCAAAAGACGAGGUCAUUAAUGAUAUUGCUGGAAAGCAUUUUACAACCGAGUCGAGGGCUGUCAAAGAGAAAGCAAGUACCAAAGCUAAAACUACUACAGUAAAACCAAAACCCACUAAGGCAGCUAAACCAAAACCUAAACCGCCUACUAAGUCUACGACUAAGAAACCACCAACAAACAAAAAUAAAACAAAGACCAGUGAGAAAAGUAAGCCCAGAGCUAAAGGAACAUUGUACGGACUGUCAUCCCUAAGGAGAAGCGGCGAUGUUGCAGUCAGCAUAAUGUCUAAUCUAACAACUGUUAAAGGAAAUUUCGUCGUCGGCCCUCUAAUAUUACGAGUGGAAAAAGAGAUUGGACGUGGUGCUAAGAAGGAACUUAAGUCAGCCACAGCAACGACUGCAGAAAUGAUGGGAAAACUUACAUUACGAGUGAACAACCAAGGAGUUGCGUCAUUGCAUUCGAUAAAAGUUUUGCAACCUAAACAGGUUCGUGUGGACAGCAAUCACGAAAGAACGCGGGAGUUGGCAUGGCAACGCAGUGCAAGAAUUGCUCAUGUCGUUUCCGAGAAAUUAAGAACGGCAUCCAAACCAAUGUUUGUUCAUCAGAGUGUUGAAAGGCACUAGAUAACAAGUAAAGAAAUUUAUCCAACUAUAUAAAAAUAUACGAA